AUGGACUUUCUCAGAUAUGUUUUUCGGUACUUUGGGCCACCAGAACCACAUGAAGCACAAUCUAAAAGGGCUGUUUCGACUGUGAAAAAAUUUCAGGACCUAAUACCUGUGUAUAGCAUGGACGGCCAUCUAUUGAGGUACAUUGAAGGAGGUAUUGGAGAGGAAAAGGUCACAUCACCCAACAAGGCAGCCCGUGCAUCACUGCUCAUUGAAAUCAUGGAAUUGGACUGA